CAGACCGGCUGGGAUCGACAAAGAAUUAAAAAUAUUGAUAAUAUUGUUAGUAAACUAUGUCAGAUCAAAGCUUAGGAGGUCACGGGAAAUUUGCAGGCUUAUUGCUUCUCCUUCAAGGAUUGUUAAUGAUUUUAUUCGUAGUUUUCGUUGGCUACAGUGACGAUCUUCUGCCAGCGAAUGCUUCAGAAAAAAACUCGAAGGGCGGCACAGUUCAUGAUAAAUAUUCUGUAUUUGAAGGACUGCAUUUCAUGCUUUUCAUUGGGUUUGGACUUCUCAUGACAUUUCUUAAGAAAUAUGGAUUUAGUGCCCUGGGAUAUAACUUCCUUAUAUCUGCACUGGUUAUUGAGUGGUCUACAAUGAUGCAAGGAUUUUUGGACAUGCAGAACAGUAAAAUUCAACUCGGACUAGAUAGCAUGAUCAAGGGUGACCUUGCUGCAGUGGCUGUGACAAUCACCUUUGGAGCACUGCUUGGAAAAACAAGUCAUCACCAGAUGCUUAUUAUAUCAUUUAUUGAAGUGAUACUCUACUCUGCGAACAGAGCAAUAGGCACUAGGGUUUUCCAUGCGGUGGAUGCUGGUAGUUCAAUGUAUGUUCAUACAUUUGGUGCCUUCUAUGGUCUUGCUGUGUCACGCAUGUUAUAUAAUAGCAAAAUUGUGGCUCAUGAGAAAGAGACUUCCAGAUAUACAUCUGAUCUUUUUGCCACAGUUGGAACAAUUGUCUUGUGGGUUUGCUGGCCAAGUUUUAAUGCGGUGCUUGUAGAAGGAGUGGCAAGGCAAAGAGCCAUUGUAAAUACAUACUACGCCAUCAUAACCAGCUGUGUUACCUCCUGUGCAUUUUCAGCUCUAAUGACAAAGGGGUCAAAAUUAAGUAUGGUUCAUCUCCAAAAUGCCAGCUUGGCAGGGGGUGUGGCUGUAGGUACAAUCGCACCCAUGAUAAUUCAGCCGUGGGGUGCAGUGUUGAUUGGGUUUGUAAGUGGGGCUUUAAGUACUUCCAGCUUCAAAUACAGUCAGCCCUGGCUCAUAAGAAGGCUUAAAGUUCAUGACACAUGUGGAGUAAAUAGCUUGCAUGGAUUACCAGGGAUCUUGGGAGCUGUAGCAGGAACUAUCUCUGCUAGUAUUGCUGGUUAUAAACUGUACAAAACAAGUCUCUAUACAGUAUUUCCUGCAAGGGCCCCCAUUUUUAAUAGUACCCAGUACUUUGAGUUGGUCAAGUUUGACCCAGAUGCUGUGGAUGGCCUGGGGUGGAGUUCAGGGAAACAAGCAGCAUUUCAGUUUGCUGCUCUAGCUGUUACAUUAGCUCUAGCAAUAGCUGGUGGACUCCUAACAGGUGUCAUUGUCAAGCAACCAUUUUUUGAUCCUCUUAGGGAUGAGGCACUGUAUGAUGAUGGAGAGUUUUGGGAAGUCCCGUCUGAUUUUCGACCAUUACCUGGAACUGUUUAUCCCCCAAGAGAAAAUAGUGCAGUGCAGGCAGAACAAACUGAAUCAUUGGUCCAACAAGAAGAAAAUGAAUCAGAAGAACAGGCUGAUGGUCAAGUCUGAAAGUAACAUCAAUUAUCAUUCUUUAUUGAUACUGAUUGGGUACUUCUGUAAAAUACAGGUACUAAUUGUAAUGUGUGGGUAAUGUCUUCUAGUAAUUUAUAGGUAAAAUUUUGUAUUUUAUAAAAGAAUUUAGAAGCCAAUCAAUAACAAACAAUUUUUCUCUCACUCAACAUAAAAGAAAUUCCAUUAUCAGCCACUGAAAGAAUGUUUCAUUGCUUUUGCAAUCUGUGAAAAUGUCAAGUAAAGGCUGUUUGUCUUUAAAAUGAAAGACAGGAUCAAUGACUAUAUUAUUUAACGCUAAUCUGGAUUGUAACUCUCCCUUCUAGAUGUUGUACGUUUCAUUAUGUAGUGAGGGAGAAUUUGUUGUUAGAUCAAAGUAACUAGAAUUAAGACUUUGGCUUUUUUGAAGAGAAACAUGUGUCAGGGUGUAAACUGAAACCAAAAAGCCAUCUGCUUCAGGGGGCAGGAUAACAUUGUCAUGCUGAAAUGUUUGGCAAUUCUUGUUACUUAUUUUCUGGGUAAUGUCUGUAGAUUUUGAGGAUAAUUUACAUAAUAAUCACAUCCAGAAAUGGAAGGGUUUUAUUCUAGUUCUAUAUUCCCAUGUCUAUGGUAUUCCAGUCGGAAUCAAGCAGACUGAUUGACAUAUUUCCAUAAAAUAGGCUAGGACUUUUCUGUUGAUGAAUAGUCAAGUAGGGGAUACAGUUCCCCUUCCUUUCCUUAAUAAUUAUGUUGUUCUCAUCCUUUAAAAAAAGGGGUUGCAGGGUUUUUAAGGUUUUAUAGGGAUGGUAAGGUGUAUGUUAGGCCAGAUUAUUUAACCCAAAAAAUCAUAACAAUUAAAGGAAUGAUAAACAGACCUGAAAACUAAAGGGAAUUCAUUAUGAUUAACAGUCACUUUUGUCUAUAUAUUUUACAUCAAAGAAAACAUUAAUAAGGAGAAUUUAAAGGAGUUUUUUUUUGCAAGCAUUUUCACUUCGCAGGCAUUUUCACAAAUCACAAAGUGGUAGCAUAUACCUAACAAGACUUUUAAAUAAGUUGUCAUCUAGCACAAAGUAGAAAUAUAUAGAUCUUUUGAAAUUAAAAGAAUUAUAUGCUUAUUUAAUUGGCCAAAUAUUUAUCAUAGGAUUUGGUUAAUGAACUAUUUUAACUUUCAGUUAGUGGCAAACCCAAAUUGAAAAUAUUGAAACUUUACUAAACAUUAUAAAUAAACAUUUUAAUGGCUCAUCUA